AUGGAUUUCAAAGCGAAAUUGCUAGCCGAAAUGGCAAAAAAGCGAAAAGCGGUAGCCGAUUUGGUGGUGAAGGACGGAAAUGCGAAAUUUGUGAAAGGAGCCGAUUUGGAGGCACGUCGCAACCGUGAAUACGAAGCCAAACAGCAGGAAGUUGUCGCCAAAAAACAGGUACAUUUGAAAAACACUUUUAAAUUCAGAAAAAUCAAUAUCUAAUUUCAGAAGCUCGACGAUCAAAUCCAACAAGAGUCUUCGAGUCGUGCCAAGCGAGUCCCGGCUGAAAAUGAGACGGAAAUUGACGAGAAAACCGCAAUUUCCGAGAUUCGUGUUCGUUUGCGACAGCGCGGACAGCCGAUUUUACUUUUUGGUAGGUGAAAUUCAAACAAUUUCAACCUAAACAUUGUUUUUCUGCAGGCGAAUCGGAAAUGGACGUGCGAAAACGUCUUCAUCAAUUGGAAAUUGCGCAGCCGGAUUUGAACGAAGGAUGGGAAAAUGAGUUGCAGACGGCGAUGAAGGACAUUGGAAAAGAGAUGGAUAAGGUGAUUUUCAGAUGUUCUUUUACAAAAAUAUUUAAAAAUAUUCAGGCAGUGGUGGAGGGCACUUCGGACAGUGCAACCCGUCAUGACGUGGCACUUCCCAGCGGAUACGAAGAGGAUAAUUGGAAGAAUAUCGAGCACACUUCCACGCUUCUCGGCGUUGGUACGCUUUUUUUUAGCUAAAAUACACAACAAACUGAACAUUUCUAGGCGACGACAUGAAGCGAGAUUGUGAUAUUAUCCUUUCGAUUUGCCGUUAUUUGCUCGCCAGAUGGGCCAAAGAUCUCAACGAUCGGCCGUUGGACGUGAAAAAGACGCCGUCAGGUAGAGGAAACAUUUUCUCUGCAAAAAAUUGACAAAGAUGACCAUUUUUCUUCAGGAAUGCAUGAGGCAGCGCAUCACAAACAGACGACGAUGCAUUUGCGAAGCUUAAUGUCGUCGAUGGAAAAGUACAAUGUGAACAAUGAUAUUCGCCAUCAUUUGGCCAAAAUUUGCAGGUAAAUCCCGUAAAAUUAGGAAAUUUCACCAAGAUCUGCAGACUGCUGGUAAUCGAGCGCAACUACCUGGAAGCGAACAACGCCUACAUGGAGAUGGCUAUCGGAAACGCGCCGUGGCCCGUCGGAGUCACACGAUCAGGAAUCCAUCAGCGUCCCGGCUCCGCAAAGGCGUACGUGAGCAACAUUGCACAUGUGCUCAACGACGAAACACAGAGAAAGUAUAUUCAGGUUUGUACUUGGCAUUGGUCCAAAUUUUACUCACAAAGUUUGAAAAAUUGCAUGAAAACUGACAUUUCUCACAUUUCUAUUAAAUGCAACUUAUUUUUCAGGCAUUCAAGCGACUGAUGACCAAAAUGCAAGAGUACUUCCCGACAGACCCAUCGAAAAGUGUCGAAUUUGUGAAAAAACCCUAA